AUGUCUCUCAACACACCCGCCGCGGGCCAAUCUGCCCCUGUCAAUAAUCCCGAGGCUAUUUCCUCUGGUCGCCAGGAUUUGUUGUACAACUAUUCCACCGGAAAUGUGGACGUGCCGCGCGGUUUCAAAUAUCGCCAGUACCGGAUCUUCGGAUAUACUCUUCCUUGGUAUGCGUCGCCAAGGAUCCAGUUGGGCAUGGUUGCAUUUGUAUGCUUCAUGUGUCCCGGCAUGUUUAAUGCGUUGAAUGGAAUGGGUGGUGGUGGAAGGGUUGACACCAAACUGGUGAACGACAUGAACACAGCCUUGUACAGUACUUUUGCCGUCGUCGGCUUUUUCGGUGGCACCUUUGUCAACAAACUCGGUGUGAAACUGACACUAGCCCUGGGUGGUAUCGGCUACGGUAUCUACACCAUCAGUAUCCUUCUAUACAACCACUUUGGAAACGAUAUCCGAGGUUUCAACAUCUUUGCUGGUGUUCUUCUUGGAUUUUGCGCGGCGAUGCUGUGGACUGCUCAAGGCACGAUUAUGAUAUCGUAUCCACAUGAACACCAAAAGGGACACUAUUUUGCUUGGUUCUGGGGGAUCUUUAACCUAGGUGCUGUCAUCGGAAGUCUUAUCCCACUUGGUAGCAACAUCAAUAGCCAGGGAAACGUAAAUGUUAACGACGGCACAUAUAUCGGUUUCAUCGUCCUUAUGUUCUUUGGCGCAACCCUGGCGUUACUACUCUGCAACGCAAACGAUGUCGUCCGGAAGGAUGGUUCGUAUGUUAUCUUGAUGAAGAAUCCGACAUGGCAAAGCGAACUGCUCGGCUUGUACGAGACGAUCAGAUUUGAACCCUUCGUUAUCUUUCUGUUUCCCAUGUUCUUUUCGUCGAAUUGGUUUUACGUUUACCAGCAAAAUGCCGUCAACGGGGCGUAUUUUGCGACAAAGGCUAAAGCUCUCAACAGUCUCCUGUAUUGGCUUGCACAGAUUGCUGCUGCUGCUAUAUGGGGAUACCUGCUCGAUCUUGAAUAUCUGCGCCGUUCUGUCAGAGCCAAGAUUGCUCUGGUGGUUCUAUUUGCCCUUACCUUUAUCGUGUGGGGUGGAGGCUAUGUGCAUGAAAGAACAUAUACGCGAGCAACGACUGAAGAAAUGGGGAAGGAUGGGGGCAAGGAAUGGGAUGAUGCAGGGUAUGCUGGACCUCUUGUUUUGUAUAUCUUUUAUGGCUUCUAUGACGCUGCAUGGCAAGCUACUGUCUACUGGUUCAUGGGCGCUCUCUCCAACUCUGGCCGUCGCUGCGCAAACUACAUUGGCUUCUACAAAGGCAUCCAAUCAGCCGGCGCCGCAAUCUCAAACAACCUGGAUGCCAGAAAGGUAUCUUUCGAAGCACAAUUCAUCAGCAACUGGAUUCUUUUGGCUUCGUCACUGGUCAUAGCUGCACCCGUCAUCUUUCUCAAGAUUCGCGAUCAUGUUGCGAUGGCAGAAGACCUUGAGGGGACAGAUGAAACUCUGGCGGAUGUAGCUCCGACAUAUGUCCUUACCCAUCCCCGUCACAACGUGGAGACUCAUGACAGUAAGGAAUCGAAGCAGAACGGUCCCGGGUUUACUGCAGUCUAA